GACAUGGACAUAUCUUGCUGUCUAACUGGCUGGUAAAUCUAACGGGAGAAAUAGAAAUACACUAUACAAAGAUUCCUGGAGCCUGAUUAACACCAAACAAAUAUAAAUAAAUAAGAGAUUUCAACAAGUAAACCAAAUGGGUGAAGAAACCUUGAGGAAAAGAAGAGGAGAGGACAACAGAAAAGAAGAUGGACAGUCCAUUCAGAGUCAUGAACCCCAAACGAUGAACCUACAAAAACAGGUGGGCCUCAUCAGUGGAAUCUGUAUGAUUGUUGGUACAAUUAUUGGCUCGGGUAUCUUUGUUUCUCCAAAAUCAGUACUUGCCAACGUUGGAGCUGUGGGUCCUUGUUUAACCAUCUGGGCAGCCUGUGGAAUUCUCGCAACAUUAGGUGCACUUUGUUUUGCUGAGCUUGGUACAAUGAUCACAAAAUCCGGGGGAGAAUAUCCUUACCUUAUGGAGGCAUUUGGCCCGAUUCCAGCAUUUUUAUUUUCAUGGACAAGCUUACUUGUCACAAAACCCAGUUCAUUUGCAAUCAUUUGCCUCAGCUUUGCAGAAUACGCAUCAGCUCCUUUUUAUCCGGGUUGCGAUCCACCCCCAGUUGUCAUCAAGUGUCUUGCAGCAGCUGCCAUUGUGGUAAUUACAAUAGUGAAUUCACUGAGUGUGAAGCUGGGAAGUUAUCUCCAGAAUUUUCUCACAGCUGCUAAAAUGAUCAUUGUCACAAUCAUUAUUGUAAGUGGAAUUGUUCUCCUUGCACAAGGAAAAACUGAAAACUUCAAAGAUUCUUUCAAGGACAGUAAAGUUUCUGUUAGCUCUAUCAGUCUGGCAUUUUAUAAUGGACUCUGGGCGUAUGAUGGAUGGAAUCAACUCAAUUACAUCACAGAAGAACUUAAAAAUCCUUACAGAAAUCUACCGCUAUCUAUAAUUAUUGGAAUCCCCUUGGUUACAGUUUGUUACGUUCUGAUAAACAUUUCAUAUUUCACCGUAAUGACUUCAACAGAACUCCUGCAGUCCCAGGCAGUUGCUGUGACAUUUGGAGAUAGAGUCCUUUAUCCAGCCUCUUGGAUAGUUCCUCUCUUUGUGGCCUUUUCUACAAUUGGAUCUGCCAAUGGGACCUGUUUUACUGCAGGCAGACUUGUUUAUGUUGCAGGUCGUGAAGGGCACAUGCUAAAGGUGCUAUCUUACAUUAGUGUUAAGCGUUUAACACCAGCACCUGCCAUCAUAUUUUACGGGGCCAUUGCUAUUAUUUAUAUUAUCCCUGGUGACAUUGACACACUCAUAAAUUAUUUUAGUUUCGCAGUCUGGAUAUUUUAUGGUUUAACUGUACUGGCACUCAUUGUUAUGAGGUUUACAAGAAAGGAACUCAAGAGACCAAUCAGGAUACCCAUCAUCAUUCCAGUCAUAGUGACAUUAGUCUCCAUUUUACUGGUAUUGGCACCAAUCAUCAGUGCACCUGAAUUAGCCUAUUUGUACUGUGUUUUAUUUAUACUCAGUGGACUUAUAGUUUAUGUACUUUUUGUUCAUUUUAAAUUCAACUGGCCCCAAAAAAUAUCAAAGCCCAUCACUAUGCACCUUCAGAUGCUUUUGGAAGUUGUUCCAGCAGAGGAAGUUACUGAAUAAAGUAUUUUGUAUGUA